GAAACAGGGAUGAGCACUGGCCCCUAGAUUCAGACACGACUGGGCAAUUGUCAAGGGGAACCUUUAGGUUUACCUAUACGUAACAUAGCAGGGACAACAUGGUAAUGAGUUAAACAUCUCUGACUUUUUUUGAAAUUUGUAAAAUGGGUUUUGGUUAGUUAGGAAGAAAACACAGCUGGGAAAUAUAGCAGAUAUAACACACUGAUUGUAGUGUUUUACAUUAGAUAAUGGCCUAACAAAUCUUGGCUAAUAUUGAGUCCACUGAGAUAGGUUUUAAACAUACGUACUGUAUAUAUUUUAUCUCAGCGCUAUAUAUAGUGCAGUGUCCAAAUAAAUUAAAAUGAUUUGAAAUUUGCAAUCUGUGUAUUGCAGUUGCAGUAUUCUCAUGAAACACUAUGUGUCAAAUGCAUUUCUCUAUAUAAUAUAAAAGAAUCAUUUAUUUUAACGUUAGCACUGUAAUCUUGUAUGUACUUAUUUGAGAGUAAGUUCUGAUGAACUUAGUAGAUCUUACUUGCAGAGGAUUGGGCUGCACUAUUUUCCAUUAUGGCCUCUUUGUUUUUUUAGAACUUGUUACAAGAGUGUUCUGAUAAAUAUCUUGUGUAGAUUUUAUGUGACAGUACAUUGUGUGAUGCUUUUACAGUUUGUGUUCUAGCGUAUGGAGUAGAAAGAUUAUGAGGAAUUUUUGUAGAUUGGUAGUGUGAUGGCAGAUUUGUGGAAGAAGUGGAAAGACUAUUAAUAUGUUUUCCUGGAAUUUUUGGUUUUUGGAUUUAUUAUUUUUUUAAUAAUAUGACAUGUCUACAAUACAGCACUCAUACCACUGAACAUCCGAUCACUGUCUUUCCAAGAAAAAGAAUUUCAGCAGACCUGGACACUUCUGUCUUUUUGUGUGAGAUUCCACCUUUCAGCAACUCUGGACACUGAAGAAACUUUAUGCGGAUCUCUGAAGGAGUGAUUACAAGCUUAUUUUCAAGGCUUACUGAAAUUAGCUUUAAUAGGAGAGUAUCCUCUCAAAAUGGAUAUGCCAAGAUGCUGUUUUGUUGAAAUUCAUUAUUUAUGUCUUGAAAGUUUUUUGUUUGUGUUUUGUAGAAGUCUGGAUUGGGACCAGAACUUUGUAUAAAACCAUCAAUUUUUUUUAGUUGGUUACUCUUGGCAUUGGUCAAAGAUAUUCCUCAGUAAUGAGACAUGAUAUGUAAGCCUACUUAUUGGCCAUUAAUCAUGUUUUUCUUUCCACAGUUAAGUUGAUUUCACAGACUUUAAUCAGGCCUUUGAGGAAGAAACAGGUGGCUUGCUGUGGGUUGAAUUCAGAAUGGCUGUAGUCAUCCGUUUACAGGGGCUUCCUGUUGUUGCAGGCCCUGUGGAUAUUCGCCAUUUCUUCUCAGGAUUGAAUAUCCCUGAUGGUGGUGUACAUAUUAUUGGAAGAGAAAAGGGGGAAGCUUUUAUCAUAUUUGCAACAGAUGAAGAUGCACGGCGAGCAAUGAGCUAUUCAGGAAUAUCUAUCAGGGGUUCACGUAUCGAAUUGUUUCUCAGCAGCAAGACAGAAAUGCAGCAUAUAAUAGAAAUUAAUAGGAAAAUAUUUGAUCGUGGUGGAAAAGAAACAGUAACUGGCUCUAGGCGGACAGGUUCUAAUAACCCUGGGGCCUCUGGAGUUGGCAGCCUUUCAAAUGCAGUUGCAGCCCUUAAGAAAGGAGUGGACAAAUCUAGCUAUAGUUCUGUGGAUUUCUCACAGCGUGAAUUCCAUUCCAGCGGUUCCCGAAACAGCAGUAGGGAGAUCGCGCAAGCAAACUAUAAGCAGCCCAGGAGAGAGUCCUCAGGAAGAUACACCCAUUCAAAAUCUCCUGCAAGGAGGGUUAUGGCAUGUAGUCACUCCAGGUCUCCUCCACGGAGAAUUAUGGCAUGCACUCGUUCAAGGUCUUGUUCUCCAUCAGGGAGGAUUAUGACACAUACCCAUUCAAGAUCUCCAUCAAGAAGGAAUACUGCACGGACUCAUUCACGGUCUUCACCAAGGAGGAUUACAGCACGGAGCCAUUCAAGGUCUCCAUCAAGGAUGGUUACAGCACAGACUCAUUCACGGUCUUCACCAAGGAGGAUUACAGCACGGAGCUAUUCAAGGUCUCCAUCAAGGAGGGUUACAGCACGGACUCAUUCACGGUCUUCACCAAGGAGGAUUACAGCACAGAGCCAUUCAAGGUCUCCAUCAAGGAGGGUUACAGCACGGACUCUUUCACGGUCUCCACCAAGGAAGAUUACAACACGGAUCUAUUCUAGGUCUCCACCAAGAGGGAUUGCAGUACGGACCCAUUCCAGGUCUUCGCCAAAGAGAGUUACUACACGUUCUCAUUCACCAUUUUCUGGCUCAACCCAUUCUCUUUCAUCUCAUAACAGGGAGUACUAUGUACAUGUACAAAAUCUGUCACCUCUUGGUGAUAAGGAUGAAUUGAGAUUAUUCUUUGGAGAGUUGGAUAUUUCUGAUGAUCAGAUUGUAUUCUUAAAGCCACGUAGCCAUAGAAGCAGGGAUGCAAUUGUGACUUUCAAAUCACUCAGAAUAUAUGAGGGUGCACUCAAAUAUCACAAGUGGCAUCUUUACCCUCAAAAGGUUCACCUUUUCCCCAUUUCCAAAACAGAAGCAUUUCAGUUAAUUGGAUCUUCAGAAACUACAAGAUCACCAGAGGGACAUUACCAUAGGAGGGGAAAAAACGAUCAAGAUCAACAUUCUGGCUCAUAUACAUGUUUAUAUGUAAGAAAUUUUCCAUUUGAUGUGACAAAUGUUGAAGUGCAGAAGUUUUUUGCAGGAUUUAAUAUUGACGACAGGGAUAUUCGUUUGCUGUAUGAUGACAAAGGAGCUGGACUGGGAGAAGCGUUAGUCAAAUUUAGAUCUGAAGAUGAAGCACGGAAAGCUGAAAGUUUAAAUCGUAAGCAUUUUUUGGGAACGGAAGUACUCCUGAGAAGCAUAUCUGAGGAACAAAUGCGAGAGUUUGGUAUCAAUGUUCCAUCAGUAUUAAAUAAAAAGAUGCAGGAUCAUCCCUACACAAAUAAAAAAGGUAAACUUCAUUCUCAGGUUGAAUCCAUGCAGGGAAAUGUAGAGCAUCCAUUGUAUUAUAAUCAUUCAGCUGAUGAUUUAAAGUAUCCAUCUGAUCACAGACAUCCACCUGAUGAUUCAGUCUGUUCACCUGAUCAUGUUAGAGUCCAUCCCACAUUUACAGAUGUUGGUGAAAGAAUUCCUGGAAUUUUCCCAGAUGGACAUACUGUGGCUGACUCUGAUUUCAGGAGUGGCUCAGAUCGUGUCACAGUGAUUAAAUUAAGGAAUAUACCAUCGGAAGUCUCACGUGAUGAAGUUCUGGAUUUUUUCUAUGGCUACAAGAUCAUACCAGAAUCUCUUUUUAUGCAGCAGAAUGAGUAUGGCAUGUUUUCUGGUGAAGCUCUUGUUGCCCUGAUAAAUUAUGAUGAGGCAGUGGCUGCUGUUAAUGAACUUAAUGAUAGGCCAAUUGGCGAGUGCAAAAUUAGGUUGAGCUUGGUAUAAAUGAGAAAAUGCUUAGGAAGCAAAGCUUACGGUAUUAAAUUUCUUGAAAAAUAUAUAAAAAGUAAAUUCACUGUAAAUAGCUAUGACUGCUUCUAAAAUUAGUGUCUUUUAUUGUGAGGGAGUCGGAAUGACGUCUUAAGUUCUUUCAGACAGAACUGUAUCCCUGGGCAAUUCAUGAAAGCAUGACCUUGCAGUGUAUGUUUGUGGUUUGUCUAAAUAUGGUUUUUGUUGCAGUAGAAUUUUAAAUUUCAGAGCUAGAAGUUGUAUUAUUGUUGUAUGUAAUAAUAUGUUGUCUGUUUUCUUGGCUUCUUGCCCAUUAUGAUGUUCAGUACAUUUUCAUAAUUUCAGCUCAGUUUUACAAUAAAAGUACAUAAAUGGAAAGACA